AUGGCACAAGAUGAAUUGAAUGAUCGUAUUUAUAGUAAUAUUGAUAAAGCAUCUGUUCACAAUAUUGAUUUAGCGUUUUUAUUUUCCAAUGAUCAAUUGAAAGCAUUAGCAAGAUAUAAAGAUUCGGGGGCCAAUGAAAAUAUCAUGUUUUUUUCGUUAUUACCAACAAUAGCGCAUUUUGCUCAAAAAUCUGUUUAUUUAACAAGAUAUAAUAGUUUAAAAGCGCUAAAUUUGUUUAGUGUUGUUAUGGGACCAUCUGGAUCUGGAAAAACUCCAAAUAUGAGUCAUGUUAUGAACGCUGCAUUUGAUGUUAUCCAUUUAUUUCCACAAUCAUAUUUUGCUGAUUUAAAACUUGGAAAAGAUAUGCAGCAACGAUGUUCAAUUACAUCGAUUCCAAAUGGAUAUGGGUUGCAGUUAUUAUUACAAGAAUCGGAUACAUUUAUUUAUAAUGAUGAGAUAGAUGGGGUUUUCAAUAAAUUUGGUAUGUUCGGUAGUACAGCAACAGAAGACAUUCCAGUUCUUUGUAAAGCAUUUGAUCAAAUUCAAAAUUAUGAACGAAUAACAGGCUCAUCGUUAAUCUCAAUAAAUAAUUCAAGAUUAUCUAUAUUAGGUGGCACAACGGGUUCAACAUAUUCAGCUGUAUUAAAACAAUUCAAGAAUGGCCAGCGACUAGAUGGAUUAUGUAAUCGUAGGGUUUAUUUAGCGAUUCAACGUGAAAAAGCAAAAGAACCAAUGGAAUCAUUUAAAGUAUCAUCAAAUGACGGUAUACCGUCGAUUAAACAUGUUUUAAUAGUUGUUCAUUUAAUGAAAAAUAUCGAAUAUCGAUUUAGAACACAUGAUUCCGGAAUGACAAGAACAACAACGACAACCACAGAAGGAGCAGUAUCUACAAACACGUUAGGUACAAAUAUAUUAGAUGCUGAUAGCGCUUAUUAUUAUGUUUAUAAUCGAACAGCAGCACAUUAUAAUCAAUUAUUUGAUAAAAAUUUGAAAAUUGAACGUUAUUUAGAAGGUUUUUAUUCGAAGUCACAAGAAAUAUAUCCACGUUUUUGUGUACUUUUUCAAAUAUACGUUAAUACGAUGGCUGUAUUAAAUGAAUUAUCUGGAAUGAUUCAGUUCGAUGAUGUAUUUGUUAAAGAUGACAAAAAAACAAAUGAUUUUAUUGAACAAAUUAAUAUAAAAAUUAAUAAAUUAAUUCUGAGUGGUGCUACUGUUAAUAAUGAUGAUUCAUCAAUUGAAGAUAUAUUUGAUAAUGCUAAUAAAGAAAUAUGUACCGAUGGUGAAAAAAUUCUACGAUUUAAACAAAAUUGGUUUACUGAAUCGAAUAUAACACGAUACAACAGACCUACAAAUACAUUACCUGGUUAUAAUGGGCCAUUAUUUAAACAAUCUGAACGAUUUUAUGCUGCUAUCAAAUCUUUGAAACAACAUGAACUAGUAACAGAAGGUAGAUAUCUAGUUGGCUGUAAACAUGCAUCAUAUUCAAAAAAUGUUCCGCCACGUAUAUCAUUUCCACCAACAUCAGAACAACUUGAUUUUGAACGACAUCUUAGUAUAUUCGGUAUUACAUUAACGGAAUAUUAUAAAAUAUUCGAAGAAUCGUCAUCAGAUGCACUAUUAACGGCAUUCGCGGCAACACAUAUGGCUCAUAAUUAUACACAAUAUAUUAAUGAAUUCGUUAAAUAUAGCGAUCAAUUAUUUGUACGACAAGAAAUCAAUAAUUUAAUAGAAACUGGUGUUAUUAAAGAAAAAACAUUAAGUGACGGUGAAAUAAAAUUUCUUUUAACAGAACCGAAUGCUAGUAAUGAUAGUAGCAUUGACCGUGCAGAACAAUUAAUAACAUUUUUACAAUCGCAAAAUCAACCGGUAGUAUCAACAUCACCGCAACAGCCAACAGCAAUAACAAAUGCUUCAAUAACUACAUCAGACUCAGUUCAAAAUUCACCAAUUCCAGUUCCUACUACGCCAUCGUCUGUAUUUCUGUCAACAAAAACAACAUGCAUAAUAUAG